AUGUCUUUUUAAUUCCUUAAAAUAUGUUUUAAUAAUGAUCUCAGAAGACUGAGAAGCAUAAGGAGAUUUUUGUUUUACAAUACCUAGCCUAGUGAAUUUUAUAGAUUAGAGGAAGUUCGCAAAGAAAUGCUUAACAUUAAGAUAGAAGAUAGAGAAUCAGUCAAAUCAACAGCAGGUACGACUUCUUGGGUCUUGUAUUUAAAGAAGAGAUAGUAAUAAAAAUCAAAUUGGUAAUGGUGGUGA